CUUAGUGUGGGGUAAUCAUGAUUUCUAAAUCCAGACAUGUAAGAAAAAUUCCCCGCUAAUACAGCUCUGUCCGAAUUUCUAUCACGCAAUUUUCCACGAUUAUAAAAUCAGACCACAGCCCGCUCGCGCAAACAUAGGCACACACAUAUACACACACACAAAACAUAUGAAAAUUUCAUUGUGUCUGUGCAUUCAUUUCUUUUCCACGUGAUAUGCUCAAGUUUACUCCUCUCAGUUCAGCAGUUGAUGCCUCAUUCUGGCAAUCUCUCGCAACAAAGAAAUUAGACAUUUUAAAACUAUCUCAAGAGGCCUUGGUCAUUCAAGGUCACUAUUCUUUUCCCACAACUGCCACUGACCAACAAGGUCAAACCGUCUUGAUGCCUAGUCAUUUCUUCAUUCCUUCUCACGGCCUCGAUAACACUCAAGAUAAAGAUGGUAUCAAGGGUACUUUGAUCAAUACAAAUACAGUUGAAGCUUUUCGAACUAUUGAUAAAAACCAACUAUUUCAAGAGGCAACACUCAAGAUAAAGGAGGCGGUUGAGUCAGGGGAAGCAUUAAAGGACCCAAAGAAACUAUAUCACUAUCUAUUACUCACCUUUGCCGAUUUAAAAAAAUACAAGUUUUAUUAUUGGUUUGCAUUUCCUGCUAUCAUACCUGAUCAAGACGGAUGGCAAUUGGAUCAUCAACAAAAUUUAACCAGUGAACAGGCAUCUGUUUUGCAUACAGCUUAUCAAGGUCAGUAUUAUUUCUUGAUAAAAAAGGAAACCGAACGAAUGCAGAUACUUUCUUUGGACGCAUUUGAGAAAAAUGAUCAAACUAUUUGGUUUGCCUUUCUUGACCCUUCACCCGUCAAGGGGUCACCCGGGUGGCCAUUAAGAAAUCUUCUCUAUCUCAUCUACACUGUCUGGGGUUUAAAAAAGGUCAGGAUACUCUGUUAUCGACAGAGCGAUCCUUAUCUGAUAGACGCUUCUUUACCUGAACACUGUUCCUAUCAAACAACAAAAUCAGUGGGGUGGGAAAGGAACGUGCAAGGUAAACUUGGUCCCAGAAUGGCCGAUCUGGGCCCUCUCAUGGAUCCUGCAAGAUUGGCAGAUACCGCGAUUGACCUCAAUUUGAAGCUGAUGCGAUGGAGACUGAUGCCUGAACUAGAUCUAGACAAGAUUAAGCAAACAAAGUGUCUGUUGCUUGGAGCAGGCACCUUGGGCUGCUACGUAGCUCGAUGUUUGAUGGGAUGGGGCGUGAGGCAUAUUACAUUUGUCGACAGUGGCACCGUAUCCUAUUCUAACCCUGUCCGUCAACCCCUUUACCGAUUUCAGGAUAAAGGUAAACCAAAGGCACAAACAGCAGCGGAGCAAUUAUUGGAGAUUCAGCCCACGUUGGUUGCCAAGGGUUAUGACUUGACAAUCCCUAUGCCAGGACAUACUCACAAUCACCUUGAUCAAGACUUGACAACCCUUACUGAAUUAAUAAAAGAGCAUGAUGUGAUCUUUUUACUUACCGACAGUCGAGAAAGCCGAUGGUUACCUACUUUAAUAGGCACUAAAUUAAAUAAAUGGAUCAUCAAUAGUGCUUUGGGGUUCGAUAGCUAUCUUGUUAUGCGGCACGGUACCCGUCAAAAUCAAAUGGGAUGUUAUUUUUGUAACGACAUCGUGGCUCCAACUGACUCCCUCACUGAUCGUACCCUUGAUCAGCAAUGUACCGUCACCCGCCCUGGUCUGGCUGCUAUAGCUGGGGCACUUGCUGUUGAACUCAUGGUUUCACUCCUUCAAGACCCCAAGGGCAUUCACGCUGAAGCAAGCACAAAUGCUUCAAAUUCUUCUGCUGGCUCUAUUCUAGGCCUUCUUCCUCAUCAAAUACGUGGUUUCCUAGGCCAAUUUAAUAAUCUCCUGAUUGUUGGGCAAUCUUAUGACAAAUGCACUGCCUGUUCAGACAAGGUACUUGAAGCUUAUAGCCAAGAUCCUUUAUCCUUUGUUCAAAAGGUACUCGAUGAUCCUAUAUACCUUGAAGAUAUCACAGGCUUAAGUGCAUUGAAAGCCGAAAGUGAAAAUGUACUGGAUGAUUGGACUGUUGGAGAGGAUGAUUUCUAAAAACAAAUAAACUCUAUGUGUAACUUAUGUAAGCAGCAAAUGUGUGAAAAUGCAUGGUUGAAUCCGAUAUUUUCCUUUGUUUAUGAUGUUCCCUAAAGUGUGAGAAUAUGUUUGUCAAACUUUGCCCCGCAAACUAAUUUGUCCAAUCAGAGGGAAUGAUUUGCAUUUAAGCAUUAACAGUGGUUAUUCCCAUAGUAUUCCGUUGUGAUUUGAUUGGAUGGGCUUAAAUGAGAUUAAUAGAACGAGACGAAAAAAAGGGGGAACUAUUGUUAGC